ACUCCAUCCCACCAAAACAGGCUGACAUUUCAGGUGUUCUUAUCAAACACUAAAAGAAAUUAUCAUCAUUUUCAUAGUAUUAUUCCAACCUCAGUGUGAAAAUAUAUAUAGAAAACGUUUUUGACUGCACUGGGCCUUUAAUCUCAAGAAAUAGUUUUUUUUUUAAAGUUAGUUUGGGAACAGGUCUUUCUCUGCCCAACUCACAGGAAGCCUACUGUAGACCCAGUCUGAACAAAGCACGAGGUAGACUAGCCACAGUCAUCGGACCAUCCCCCUGCGAGCCCACAAACACACCAGUCUGCGUUGUAGAAAACCCUCUCACUCAAACAGCAGCAGCGGUACGUACUGGCAGUACGAUCAAGGCCCUUCCUUCAGGCUCCACAGGCAAACUCCGUUUUCACACCGGCUGCCUACUCCAGGCAUGGCUGACGGCUGUACCCAGUCAUGGCACUGCGACAUUACACCCUCGACUUCAACCUCUCAGCGCCAGCUGACUGUCCUUCGACUGUGCGUGGGCUGCAGUCUAUAUUUCAAGAGCAGGAAAUGACAGAGACUGUCCAUGACACUGAGGGACAUGGAUACCUUGCUACCUUCAUUGGCAAGAAUGGCAGGUUGGUUAUUCUGCGUGUGCACUCCCAAGGUCUGGUUACCGUUGAUCUGCAGUGUUGUGAAGGAGAUAACAUUGCACAAGUAGAUAAUCUUUUGAAUGCACUGGAAAAGAAGCUAAAAAGUCUCCUACAUGGAAACAUUAGGGGGGUCAAGAGGCUCCCAGCUCUGACACGAGGUGCAGCUGUUGAUCGAUACUGGCCCACAGCCGACGGCAGACUGGUGGAGUAUGACAUUGAUCGGGUUGUAUACGAUGAGGACUCUGCGUACCAGAACAUAAAGAUCUUGCACUCACAGCAGUUUGGCAAUAUCCUGAUCCUCAAUGGGGAUGUUAAUCUGGCAGAGAGUGACCUGCCCUACACCCAGGCCAUCAUGGGCAGAGGGAAAGAGAACUAUACAGGAAAGGAGGUGCUGAUCUUAGGAGGCGGUGAUGGAGGAAUCCUCGCUGAGGCCGUCAAACUCAAGCCAAAGAUGAUCACCAUGGUGGAGAUCGACCAAAUGGUGAUUGAUGGGUGCAGGACGCACAUGAGGAAGGCUUGUGGAAGUGUUCUGGACAACCUGAAGGGAGACUGUUACCAGGUGUUGGUGGAGGACUGUGUUCCGGUUCUGAAAAAGUAUGUGGAGGAAGGGAAGACGUUUGAUUACGUCAUCAAUGACCUCACAGCAGUUCCUAUCUCCACAGCGCCAGAGGAGGACUCUACAUGGGAGUUCCUACAGCUUAUCUUGGAUCUUUCAAUCAAAGUACUGCGUCCUACUGGGAAGUACUUCACACAGGGAAACUGUGCAAAUCUGACUGAGGCACUGGCUCUCUAUGAGGAACAGCUGGGAAGGCUCUCAUGUCCUGUGGACUUUUCCAAGGAGGUGGUUUGUGUGCCCUCUUAUAUGGAACUGUGGGUUUUCUACACCGUUUGGAAGAAGUAAAGAGCUCCCUCUCUCCCCUUCAAGCCCUGCCUGCCGGAAUGUGAAAACUGUCCCCCCACCCAUGAUCCGCUAUCGCACUGAGGGGCGAUAUGACCCCCCCCCCGAAAAACAAAAACAAAAUCUCAACUCACAUUUUUUUUUUUUAUCCUUCUAAGUCCAACUCUCAAACUCUUUUUAGAUGUUGGUUUUAUAAUUUUAUGUCUAAACUUGCAAGAGAUUGUAUUUCUGUUAAUUGGAUAUUUUGAGUUGGGCUGUUUUUGCAUAUGUGCUCCAGGGAGAGCUGUGGGGCUGCUACCACUGGAUACACUGAAACCUACUGUAGAGGAUGACUCAGCAUUUCUAUAGCUGGUCCCAGACCUGUCUGGGCUUUAGACUUCUCUUGACUAUAGCCAGGUCCCAGACCUGUCUGGGCUUUGGACUUCUCUUGACUAUAGCCUGGUCCCAGACCUGUCUGGGCUUUAGACUUCUCUUGACUAUUGUUGUCAUGCCAUGCAUGUUACAUGUCUUAUACAUGUUUGAAAGGGCAACAAUACUCCUGAGGAGUUGCCUGAAGCUCACAAAGAUCUGGGACCAGGCCAUAGUCAGAGAAGUCUAAAGCCCAAGCAGGUCUGGGACCAGGCUAUAGUCAGAGAAGUCUAAAGCCCAAGCAGGUCUGGGACCAGGCAAGUAUUGACACACUUCAUGCACCUGUCCCUCUGGGUUACUUUUCACAUUUGGGUUAUAAAAGCAGCACCAACAUACAAUAGCUUUUGGGUUCUGAUUGUGUGAUAGAAUAUGUGCUCCCCAUAGUUUCAACUGAAUGUCUGUUUGUGUGAUUUUGUUUUUCCUAUUCUGUUGUAACUGUGGCUCGAGUGUGAUUUUGAUUACAGGUGCUUGUCAAGAUGUUGAAAAGGCAGUGUGACCCUGCCCAUUGAGGCUGAAGUGUCCAAAUGUGUUUUUAAAAGGGAAAAGGGUCCUCCUUUGUGGCGGUUUCUUGCUUGUAAUGAUUUAUUUUUACAUACUUCGUUUUAAAUUGGUCUAAAAUUCUGUUUGGUGCAUGUGCUGGAAAAGGAAAGUUUUAUUGAAUGUAGCUUACCAUAUACACAGUGCACAUUCAUGCCUUUUGAUGAUUAUUGUGGUGCUUUGUUACAUUUAUUUAUUGGAUAUUAUUUCACCAAAUGCUGUUUUAUCCCACUGGAAAAAAAUGUAUGUUCAGCAGUGACUACCUGCUAUUAAAAUGAGUUGGAGAAUAAAA